AUGAGCUUCCAGGACCAAGGUCAAGACGAGAACGAGCGGUUAUUCGCGUUUCAACGAUUGUUGGAUGGAUCGCAGCAUGCCUCUGAUCCAGUCGUGGAUCUGCCCACGCUGAGAAGGCUAUGUGAAAGGGGUAUACCAAAUCAUCCACCUCACUUGCGGCCUUUAGCCUACACCCUAUUGCUGGAGACACUCCCUCCAGAGAAGAGAUUAUGGAAACCCACCUUGAAGACUCAGAGGACGAGGUACUAUAACCUCGUCAAGACAUUUAUGGAAGAGCUGGAAUUUCAGCCUAGCUCAUCUUCCUCAUCUCAUGACAAACUGAUUCUGGGUAUAUCGAAAGAUAUCAAAUCGCUAAAAUCGUCAUUUUGGCGAAAACGGACUAACCCAACCAAGUCAUCACCUUUUCAUCCGAUAUCCAGCUCAGAUCCAGAUGAUCUUGCUGCCCAAUCCUCUCAGGCUGAAGGUUAUGGAGGUGAUUCGGAUGAGGAUGAAGAGGCGCUUUUGGAAUCGGGUGAAUAUCAACAGCCCCUCCUAUCGAGAAGAGCAUUGUUCAAGAGGAUAGAUCUGUUAAAUCAGAUGGAGCAUAGAGGUGGAUUUGGAUAUUCACAUAAUACCAAACAGAAAGAGAUGGAAGAGGAUCAUAUUGGCGAGAAGCAGGAAGAAUCUGAAGAAGAGAUAAUGUCACCUAAAAUCACUCUAUCCAUCGAUUCCACUCCUACUGCGCCAAUCCUAUCAAGAUUGAACCCAAUCAAACCCACUCCUCUAGAUACCUCAUCAGCUUCAUCUCUACAGCCCAACGCUAUCGCUAUCGACCAGAAUGAUUCUUCAGUUCUGGAGAAUGGUAAACCGAAUUCACCCAUUACUCUACUGUCUCCCAAACCACUUCCCAACAACUCCACUAGUCCUUCCCUUGCCGGAUACUCCGGAUCAUUAUAUCAUCCGGAGACCAAUCUCGAAUCGUUAACAAGGGUGAUAUACAUCUUCGUACGGUCAAAUCAGCAAUUAGAAUAUCAGCUGAAUCUCGUUGAUUUGAUAUCGACUUUCUACCUUAUACAUGCUGGCGGAGGGGGAAGUACAACCAGAACAUUAGAUUAUGUUGAAGAGAAUACGUUCUGGUUCAUAUCUUCUUUCUUUAACGAGAUUGAUCAGUGUACGAUAACCACCGAAUACGUUUUGACCAAGUUGGGAAAUAGGUUGAAUUGGAUAAACAGACCUUUAUAUGAUAUUUUGAUUAACAAAAGGAACCUCGAUUUGAAACUAUUUGCAUAUAGAUGGUUUAACGAGUUAUUCUUGAAAGAUCUGCCGUUAGGAAACAUACCGAGGAUAAUGGAUUUCAUCAUAUCGGAGAAGCUUUCAACACCAAAAAAAAAGCCUAAGAUAGAUUUAGUGGUGGAUAUUGGUUUGGCGAUGAUACUGUUAGUAAAGGAUAUACUGUUGGAGAAGCCUAAAUCCAAGGUCGGGUCCGACUUGGGUGGAAGGAGAAAUAUUGGAUUAUGGGAACAACCAGUCGAAGAUGAUGAGGAAGAUGAGAAUGUUUUGUUCCUCAGAAGUUUACAGAUCUUGAGAGAAUAUCCAAUAAGAUAUGUCGGUGGAGUUGAGGUUAUACUGGAUAUGGCUGGUCAAUUGAGAAGGGCGAGGCUGGACGCAGAGAGGAAUGGAGAAAUUAUCGAUCUUCCUUCGAUUACGGCCAUCUCUCAUUCACCAUUAACACAUAACAGUCUCCAAAAGAAUGAAUCGACCAGUAUAAAAAGUGGCUCCUCGUCGUCUUGGUCCAAAGCUAUCGGAUCAUUUUGGACUACUUCUACAACUAUCAAACAAGUCCCAUCAACACCUGCGAAGAACAAGCAUCCUGCGUCUAACAUCCAUAACGAAAGCUCAAGCGAUUCACGGCAUAACGUUGGAAUCUCACCUUCACCAAGAGACCGAAGUGAUACCCUCGAGUCUACCACAUCAUCAAUUCAAGAACGUCUAUCUGCCUUGACCACUUCCACACCUCCUGCGCACCUGAAAUCAGCUUCUUCGCCCUCAUCGUUACCCAGACCAUUACUCCUCUCUUCGUCUAUCUCGGCUCGAAGAUCGAGUAAUGCCUCGGCUGCAUCAGCUUCAUCAAGAUACUCGAUGGCUCGAAGAGAUUCAAGUUCAAGUGUGAUAAGCAAUUCUUCUUCACCUGUUAGUUCUAGUAAACGUAACUCAUACGAGAGUUUCACCAAUGGGAAUGGGACAUUGAGUCCACCAGAGAAUCUACGUUCGCCCCCGCCACUUGCUAAUGGGACUGCAGGCGGAGGUGGAGCUGAGAAUCCCAUAGGGAAUGGGUUAUAUAGGAUUGGAAGCAGACAGAGAUCAAGAAGUUCGUUAGGUGAUCAUUUGCCUCGCUCGCCUAGAAAUAUCGUACAGAGAGAUUUGAACUAUGGUGAAUCGUAA